CCCUGGGUGGGCAAGGAACAGGGUGCUUGUUAGAACGUGGAGAAUGCGCCAGCUCAGGCCCCCAGGUGCAAAGGCUGCAAGCCUGGCAUUUGCCUGGUGAUGUAUGGGAGGAGGUGAGGCCCGGAAGGCCCUUGAGCUUUUUUCCUCUAGGGAACGUGGGAGCCACACGGGGUUCCCAUGUGCAGGCCCCGGAUGUUCGCAGGCAUCCCCUGAAGCCUGGGAGGCAUCAGCUGGAAGUCCAGAUGUCAUCUAUGGGACGUGGAGGAAUGUAGUUCUAAACAACGGAGCUGACCCUGGCCUGGCGGGCGGCUGGAUCUGGAGUGGACAAAGUGCAGCGCACUCUGGUGUGGCCAUGGCGGUGCCUUGGCUGCGCGCGCUGCCGCUGCUGCUCAUGCUCGGCGCGUCGUGGGCGCGGGCGGACGCGCCGCGCUGCACCUACACCUUCGUGCUGCCUGCGCAGAAGUUCACAGGAGCGGUGUGCUGGAGCGGGGCCGCGCGGCCCGCGCCGGAAGCGGUCAACGCCAGUGAGCUGGCGGCGCUGCGCAUGCGCGUGGGCCGCCAAGAGGAGCUGCUGCGCGAACUGCAGCGGCUGGCGGCGGCCGACGGCGCCGUGGUCGGCGAGGUGCGCGCGCUGCGUAAGGAGAGCCGCGGCCUGAGCGCGCGCCUGGGCCAGCUGCGCGCUCAGCUGCAGCACGAGGCGGGGCCGAGCCGGGGGGCGGAGCCACGUCCGGGGGCGGGGCCGAGCCGGGGGGCGGACCUCGGGGUGGAACCUGCCUCAGCGCUGGAGCUGCUGGGCGAGCGCGUGCUGAACGCAUCCGCCGAGGCGCAGCGCGCCGCCGCCCGCUUCCACCAGUUGGACGAAAAGUUCCAAGAGCUGGCGCAGCUCGUCAGCCAGCAGGGCGACCUCAUCGCCCGUCUGGAGCGCCUGUGUCCCGGGGGCGCGGGAGAGCAGCAGCAGGUCCUGCCCCCACCCCUGGUGCCUGUGGUUCCCUUGAGUCUGGUGGGCAGUACCAGUAACACCAGCAGGAGCCUGGACCCAGCACCAGAGUCCCAGAGAGACCAGACGCUGAGACAGCAGGGGCCUCUGGCCUCCCCCUCUCUCACAGGGCAACCUGCUAGCCCCACCAAGCCGGCAGGCCCGUGGCAGGACUGUGCUGAGGCCCACCAGGCGGGCCACGGGCAAAGUGGGGUAUACGAGCUGCGCCUCGGCCGUCGUGUGGUGUCUGCGUGGUGUGAGCAGCAGGUGGAGGGGGGUGGCUGGACGGUGAUCCAGAGGCGACAGGAUGGCUUGGUCAACUUCUUCACCACCUGGCAGCAGUACAAGGUGGGCUUUGGGCGGCCUGACGGGGAGUACUGGCUGGGCCUUGAACCUGUGCACCAGCUGACCAGCCGCGGGGACCACGAGCUGCUGGUGCUGCUGGAGGACUGGGGGGGCCGCGGGGCGCGCGCUCACUACGACAGCUUCUCCCUGGAGCCCGAGAGUGACCAUUACCGCCUGCGGCUUGGCCAGUACCAUGGAGAUGCUGGAGAUUCUCUUUCCUGGCACAACGACAAGCCCUUCAGCACAGUGGAUAGGGACCGAGACUCCUAUUCUGGAAACUGUGCCCUGUACCAGCGUGGAGGCUGGUGGUACCACGCCUGUGCCCACUCCAACCUCAAUGGUGUCUGGCACCGUGGUGGCCACUACCGAAGCCGCUACCAGGAUGGCGUCUACUGGGCUGAGUUCCGCGGUGGGGCAUACUCGCUCAAGAAGGCUGCCAUGCUUAUCCGGCCUGUGAGGUUAUGACUGUCCCUUGGUCCCCAAGGUCC